UGCACGACUGGAAAUCACAGAGUUUGGAAAUCUCCCCAGCUCCUCCCAGUUACUGGUAGAGCCUGGGACUGGUUACUCUAUAAGGUAUGUCCAUCUCUUGUGCAAGAAUAAAACCAGCUGCACAGCGGACUCUGCUCUCCAUCCUGACUGCACUAUGGGGUGCAGAGGUCUCUGUCUUGUCCUGCUGGCCCUUCUGGCUGGCUCCUAUGCACAACCAUGUGCCCUCAUUACUCCCAACAUCCUACAUUUGGAGAGCGAGGAAACCAUUGUAGUCGAUGGGCAUAGCAAGCAGUUUGAAGCUAACGUUGAAAUUCAGGAAUUCCCAAAGAGAAAUUUCAUUUUGGCAAAGGAGAAAAUCUCUGUGAAUAGCAACAACAAGUUCCUUGGCACAGCUAAAAUAACGAUUCCAGCUAAAGAACUGCUAAAAGACCAAAAAUCAAAACAAUACGUCUAUGUCUCUGUAAAGGCGCCGGGGUGUAAUAUAGAGAAACUUGUCUUGGUAGGCUACCAAAGUGGAUACAUCUUUAUACAGACUGAUAAGACUAUCUACACUCCAGGUUCUACAGUUCUCUACCGUAUUUAUUCUAUGAAUUACAAGAUGUCUCCUAUCAAUAAAGCUGUGGUUAUUGAAUUUCUGACACCGGAUAAUAUCAUUGUGAAGAGGGAUACUGUCAGACAAGAUGGCGGAUCUGGCAUCCUCUCGCUGUCUUACAAUAUGCCUGAGCUUGUAAGUGUGGGUACAUGGACCAUAUCAGCAAAAUAUGAGGACUCACCAUUGCAAAAUUACACCACAAACUUUGAAGUGAAAGAAUAUGUCCUACCAACUUUUGAGAUCCAGUUGAUCCCGGAGCAGAGUUUUUUCUAUGCCAAUGACGCUGAGUUCAGAGUGGAUAUUAAGGCAAAGUACCUCUAUGGGAAGGAUGUGGAUGGCAUGGCAUAUGUUAUAUUUGGGGUGAAGAAGGAUGAUGUAAGGACCAGUCUGACACAUACUCUAAGGCGAACCCAGAUUACCAAUGGAGAAGGAGAAGCUGAGUUGAAAAGAGAAGAUAUUCUGAAGAUAUUUAAAAAUGAGGAUGAUAUUUUGGAGUACACGCUGUAUGUGUCUGUGACCCUUAUCACCGGCUCUGGCAGUGAAAUGGUACAAAGCGAGCUAGAAAAUAUUUAUAUUGUGAAGUCACCAUAUAAAAUUUUGUUCACUAAAACCUCCAAGUAUUUCAAACCUGGAAUGCCAUUUGAUCUUACGGUGUUUGUCACCAACCCAGAUGGAUCUCCAGCAAACAGGAUUCCUGUGAUAGCUGAACCAGGAAAAGUGGUGGGUAUGACUAGUGCUGAGGGAACUGUCCGGCUGACUCUAAACACUGCUUCAACCAUCAGCGUUCUGCCAAUAACUGUAAAAACAGACCGUCCUGAUUUGCCUCCCAAUCGACAGGCAUCUGCGACAACGACCGUCACAGCGUACAAAUCAAACGGGAAUUAUCUGCACAUUGGUAUCACCGCGGCAGAGGUCAAACCUGGGGUCAAUCUUCAAAUAAACUUCAAUAUUCGUAAUACUAACCUGGGCAUACAGAACCAGAUCCAGCACUUCACCUACCUGAUCAUGAACAAGGGCAGGAUUCUGAAGACGGAGAGGCAGCCUCGUCUGGCAGGUCAACCGGUGGUGACCUUAUCACUUCCUAUCACGGAGCAAUUUCUACCGUCUUUCCGUAUCAUAGCAUAUUACAUUGUGGGAAAUGAGAUUGUGUCCGACUCAGUCUGGGUGGAUGUCACAGACUCUUGUAUGGGAACGUUGGAAGUGAGCGGUAACACGGACCGAGAUAACGGCAUACAGAGUCCUUCGACGUCCUUGAAGCUGAAGCUGAGAGCAGAUCACAAGUCCAGUGUGGGACUGGUGGCCGUAGAUAAAGGUGUCUUUGUGCUGAAUAGCAAGUUUAAGAUCUCCCAGAGCAAGGUGUGGAACUUGGUGGAGAAAUCCGACAUUGGCUGUACACCCGGAAGUGGUGCCAAUAACAUGGCGGUGUUUUAUGAUGCCGGACUGGCCUUGCAAUCAAGUAUACAGCUAACGACCCAGGACAGAUCAGAUGCACAAUGCGCAGUGCGUGCGGCCCGGAAGCGUCGCUCCUCAGUGCAGCUGAUUGAGCAGAAAGCAACAUAUGCUUCCAAGUAUAAAGAUGCGGCAAGGAGAUGCUGCAACGAUGGCAUGGUGGUGAACCCCAUGGGUCAUAGCUGUGAGAAACGGGCACGGCAUAUCUUAGAUGGGAAGGAGUGUGUAGAUGCUUUCCUGGACUGCUGCAGCUAUUUUGAGAAGAUAAGGGCAGUUGAUGAAGACAAAGAAGUGGAUCCUUUUGCACGAAGUGACGAGGACAUCGACUACAUGGACAGUAGCGAAUUUCAGUCCAGAUCAGAGUUUCCGGAGUCUUGGUUCUGGAAAAUAGAACAAAUGACAGAGAGACCUGACAAUAAUGGCAUUUCAAGUAAAGUUCUUAAUGUCUUCCUGAAAGACUCCAUCACCACCUGGGAGGUCCUGGCUGUGAGUCUGUCAGAAAAUAAAGGUAUUUGUGUGGCCAAGCCAUAUGAGAUCCGGGUAAUGAAGGACUUUUUUAUUGACUUGAAGCUGCCAUAUUCUGUGGUGAGGAAUGAGCAAGUGGAGAUCCGAGCCAUUCUCUACAACUAUGGCAGUACCGACAUCAAGGUACGAGCGGAGCUGCUUUACAAUGAGAAAUUCUGCAGCCUAGCGACAGCUAAGUCACCAUUCCGACAGACGGUAGAAGUCAGUUCCCACUCAUCCUAUGCCCUUAGUUUCAUCAUUGUCCCACUAGAGCUGGGUACGCAUGAUGUGGAGGUGAAGGCGUCUGUUUUUCAAAAAUUUGUGAGCGAUGGUGUCCGGAAGAAGCUAAAGGUUGUGCCUGAAGGAAAUAGAAUUACAACAAAUAUAAAAUCCGUGACACUGGAGCCACGGGUCAAAGGCAUUGAUGGAGUACAGGAAGAGAAAAUCGAUCCACUGGAUGUAAAAAACAUUGUACCUGGGACUCGUAUUGAAACAGUUGUGACCAUUCAAGGAAACUCGGUCACUACAAUGGUGGAAGAGGCAAUUGAAGGCUCCAACCUCAACCCUUUGAUUGUUGUGCCACGGGGCUGUGGAGAGCAGAAUAUGAUCACCAUGACUCCCAGUGUAAUUGCCACCGUUUACUUAGAUGUUACCGGCCAGUGGGAGAAAGUUGGAGUGGACAAGAGAAAUCAAGCCAUCAACAAUAUCAAACAAGGUUACAUCCAGCAACUUGUCUAUCGUAAAGUAGACAAUUCCUAUGCAGCUUUCAAGGACCGGCCAGCCAGCACUUGGCUCACCGCUUAUGUAGCCAAAGUGUUUGGCAUGGCUCAGACCCUAAUGGACGUUGAUAACGAUGUUCUUUGUGGUGCCAUUAAGUGGUUGAUACUGCAGAAGCAAAAACCUGACGGGUUAUUCAAAGAAGAUGCUCCAGUCAUUCAUCAGGAGAUGGUGGGUGGACUCAAAGGAUCUAAUGAGGCCGAUUCUGCUCUCACAGCUUUUGUCCUCAUUGCUAUGCUGGAGAGUGAGAAGACCUGUACAGCACAUGUCAAUAACCUGAAGAUGAGUAUCGAGAUGGCAACUAGCUUCCUGUUGGGCCAGUACCCGAAUCUAAAAAAACCAUAUACCAUCGCAAUCGUCACCUAUGCUCUUGCUAAGGCUGGAAUUAUAGACAAUGCAAAUAAGCUGCUCUCUGCGACCACAGACAAGUUGCACUGGGAAGAACCAGGGUCCAGAUUUAUCACUCUGGAGGCCACAAGCUAUGCUUUGCUGGCUCUGCUGCAGUUGAAGGAGUUUGAACUAACUGGACCCAUUGUCCGCUGGAUAAAUGAGCAAAGAUAUUAUGGAGCAGUGUAUGGGUCCACACAAGCUACCAUUGUGAUGUUCCAAGCGCUGGCUCAGUACCAGAUAGAUAUUCCUUCAAUCAAUGAGUUAGAUCUGGAUGUUUCUCUCCAUCUUCCCCAGAGAAAUAAUCCAUUAACGUACCGCAUCAAUUUUGAUAACGCUAUGUUGUCACGCUCUGCUGAGACCAAUGUGAAUAGGCAGUUUGCAGUGACAGCCAGAGGGAAGGGACAGGGUACACUAACGGUGAUGUCCGUGUAUCACGCUCUUGAGACAGAGAAAGAAAAAAAAUGCACAAACUUCGAUCUUUCAGUGAAAGUUACAGAGGAACUUAAUGUUAGGGUCAAUGAAGGUAUUUUGGAAACAGUAUCAAUUGAGAUUUGUGCAAGAUAUAAAAAGGAUGUAGAUGCCACCAUGUCCAUCCUGGAUGUUUCCAUGAUGACCGGAUUCACUCCAGAUGUUGAUAGUCUUAAUAAGUUAAUGAAGGGAGUGGACAAAUAUAUCUCCAAGUUUGAGAUUAACAAGGAGUCUACUGAGAAGGGCACGCUUGUCAUCUACCUAGACAAGGUUUCCCACACAGAGGAUGAGUGUAUAAAGUUUGCUGCACACCAGAUCUUUAAAGUUGGCCUCAUCCAGCCAGCCUCUGUCACCGUGUACGACUAUUACACCCCAGAAAAUCGCUGCACUAAAUUCUACCAUCUGGAAGAGGGCAAUAAGUUGUUGGGCAGAAUCUGCCAAGGGGAAGUAUGUCGCUGUGCCGAAGAUAAUUGUUUCAUGCAGCAGCACAUUGGGGGAAAGAAAACGAAUGCCAAAGAUCGGAUAGACCGAGCGUGUAGACCAGGGGUGGACUAUGUAUUCAAGGCACGAUUGGAUAAGAUUGAAUACAACGAAAACUAUGACAAUUAUGUGAUGUUUAUAAGUAAUGUCAUCAAGGAAGGUACGGAUGCAAAUGUUGAGAAACAGCAAAGGAACUUCAUCAGUCACACAAAGUGCCGCAAAGCUUUAGAUAUGAAAGAAGGACGAGAUUACCUGAUCUGGGGAGUGACAUCUGACCUUUGGCUCCAGCCGUCUGGCUAUUCCUACAUCAUCGGAAGAGAAACAUGGAUGGAAUGGUGGCCAAAUAACAGAGAGUGCCAGAUGCCAGGGAAUGUGGAUCUAUGCGAAGAUUUCUUCAUUGUUUCAGAAGAGCUGGAGCUGACCGGCUGCCCAUCAUAAAGAAUAUUACCCCAUACAGAUAUUUCUGGCUACACAAAUUACAGCUUUCAGUACCUCACAGUGCAAAUGCCAUAUUAUAUUCAUUUUGCAUUAAUAAAUCAUUUUGUUUGUUAAA